GGGGGGGGCGGACACGCUACUGACCGCGGUGAACACCCGAAAUCGACCCGAUUGCACCCUAUCGUUAACAGGAACACCCGUUAUCACCGCGAUGCUGCGCAGCCACCGUAAACACCUGUCUGCGAGAGUCAUUCACGCGUUUUAAAUAAACAGCAAUAUGGACGAUGGAAAUGAUAAGAACCUUGAUGAUGUGAUGGUAGAGGAUUGUGAUGAUGAGGAGGAAGACUCGCUGUCUCACUCUGCUGGGAGCGAGGCAGACAUGCAUCCAAAACGACAGAGACUGCAUCUUGAUCAGAGUCCCAAACAGACACCAUUCAUGGUUCAGCCCUCGCCCCCAAAGUUUGUUACACUAAAAGACUUGAUGGAGGCUGCUAAAGGUGUUCAAAAUAUGAGUCUGGCACAUGAGAUUGCCGUGGAUACUAACUUUCAGCUGCAAAAAAUGGAGCCACCGGAGCACAGUUUGGAGAAGCGAGUGAAGGAAGUCGUUCACAAGGCCUUCUGGGAUUUGUUUGAGGAGAAGAUAAGAGAAGAUCCACCAGACUAUGGACAGGCUGUUGUGCUCAUGAACGAUGUUAAAGAGAGUGUGAUGUCAGUGUUGUUACCGCAGCAUGUUAGAAUUAAGUCCCAGAUGGAAGAAGUGCUUGACACAGAUCUUAUUCGCCAGAAGCUUGCAAAUGAUGCCUUUGAUAUUUAUUACUACUCGGAAUAUGUGAUCGGCAUCAUGGCGAAACUAUGUUCCCCUGCGCGAGAUGAAAGAAUUGCCAAGCUAAGGGAGACGAAAGAUGUAGUGCCACUUUUCAAGGAGAUAUUUGAAGUCCUAGACCUGAUGAAGAUGGACAUGGCAAACUUCACAAUUCAGCAGAUCCGUCCCUACAUCCAGCAGCAGUCUGUGGAGUAUGAAAAGAAGAAAUUCGAAGAGUUCAGACAGAAACAAAGAGAAUCAGGAAUUGAUAGCCUUGAGCUGACUCGUCAGUGGAUAGACAGAAGCUUGGAGAGAUUGAGCACUCAGGAAGAUGUGCUAGCAGGAGGUGCAAGUGUCGUCGCCAUGCCAACACCGGCAGUCAUUUUGAAUGGUGCAUAUAUGGAACUCCUGGAGUGGGAUUUGAGUAGAUUAUUUCCAGAGACCCUCGUUUUAGACCAAAGUCGCCUCCUUGUGUUGAGGGAUCAAACCCAGCGUAUCACCAUGGUGACCUCAGUGAUGCUGGUUACAUACAACACUGUAGGCGAGACCAUUCAAGGUGUCCAACAACUAAAAGUCAAACUCAAGGACGAGAUAUGUGCCAUUUUGGAGGGUGAUUACGAAAAGGAGCUCACAUCACGCCUCGAAGGCAUUGCAGAACAGGUGAACAAGAACGUGACAGUGUUCCUGGAGGAGCAUGGCUUCAAACCCCUGGAGGAAUCCCAUCAGAGGACCUUAAAGGGGCAGAUCAGGAGUCUGGCCAACAAGGAAAGUCCAGUCAUUACACUAAUGUCUAAACGAGUUAUCAGCUUUAUUCAAACAGCGUUAUUCUCCAAGCACACAGAGCCAUUGAAACUGCCCGUGGGAAUGUCAGUGAUGGAAAAAGAACUGUCCCAAUUGUGUGGCCAAUUUCUUCGGCUCAUCUCGCACAAUAGAGCAGUUUUCGGACAAUAUUAUUCGGACAUUAUCGACGAGCUUACUGCGCGAAACAAAGACCUUAAUUCAAGUAGUAAUGAAUGAAAGUCUCGUUAUUAUAUUCUUUAGAAAUUAAUGCUUGAUUUGUUUUAAAAUGUCAGUGAAUCAAUAAAUGAAACCAAUACAA